AUGCCACGAACCUUGGAACACCAUGGCUUGUAUUUCCAUCCCUUCGAGCUUGUCAGCACUGCUCUGUGGGACAAGUAUGAAAAUCACAAGUUUGUAAAGAGUGUCGAGGUGCUAUCUCGAAAGAUUGACGGCCAUGGGCGACUGUGCAGUAUCAGGCCUUUAUAUCUGCUGGAAGAGGUUGUUGUGGACGCGAAGAAGAGAUCGAUGGAUGUCAAGACAUCGAACAUCAACUUUACCAGCAUCCUUGGUUGCUCCAGCCUGUCCAAGUACCACUCAAGCCGAGAGAGCUUCUUUCAAACAGCUUACACCAUCAAUGUAAGCGCUGAGGCGUUUCCGAGGCAUGCAGCAGAAACAACAACGGAAGCAGCUCCUGCCAAAGGGUCUUGGUUUGGUAUAGGAGAGAAAAUCGAGUCGUUUGCUGCCAGCAAGCUCCUCGGAAACGUGAAGGAGGGCGAGGAUGUGAUCAAUGGAAUAAUUGAAAGAAUCAAGGGGAACUGCAAGAGCAUCCAAAACAAGUCGUGGUUCUGUUCGAACUUUAAUCCUCCACAGUCAUAG